GGAAGGCGCAGAGUCCGCCUCUCCGAGGAAGAGUUCCAGACAUGUAACCAGAGAGGAACAACGCUAACAGAAGUGGAAGGAAAUGGGUUUCACCAUCACACAUUUUAUUCUCCUCGUAACAGCUGGAACCGUUCUCGCCUCUGAAGAUGAAUCUCGUUUGAUUAAGGACCUGUUUAAAAACUACAACAAAGUUGUUCGUCCUGUUCACAAGUUCAGAGACGCCGUUGUGGUGACAGUCGGCCUCCAGCUGAUUCAGCUGAUUGAUGUGGAUGAAGUUAAUCAAAUUGUGACCACAAAUGUUCGCCUCAAACAGCAAUGGGUGGAUGUUAAUUUAAAAUGGGACCCAUCAAAAUAUGGAGGAAUAGAGAAAAUCCGUGUUCUUUCUGGUGAAAUUUGGCGUGCUGAUUUAGUCCUGUACAACAAUGCAAACGGUGACUUUGCAAUCGUCCAAGAAACUAAGGCCCUCGUGGAUUAUACUGGAAAAAUUGUAUGGAAUCCACCAGCCAUCUUCAAGAGUUACUGUGAAAUGAUCGUCACACAUUUUCCAUUUGACCAGCAGAACUGCAGCAUGAAACUGGGGACAUGGACCUUUGAUGGAUCACUGGUUGUUAUAAAUCCGGAGAGCGACCGUCCUGAUAUGAACAGCUUCAUGGAGAGUGGAGAAUGGUUCAUGAAGGAUUACCAGUGCUGGAAGCACUAUGUGGUCUAUGAUUGCUGCCCCAAUAACCCAUAUCUGGAUAUCACCUAUCAUUUCCUUUUGCAGCGCCUUCCACUUUACUUCAUUGUUAAUGUCAUCAUUCCCUGCCUGCUCUUCUCCUUUUUGACUGGUUUAGUCUUCUAUUUGCCCACAGGUUCAGGCGAGAAGAUAACGCUGAGUGUUUCUGUCCUGCUGUCCCUGACCGUGUUCCUUCUGGUCAUUGUUGAAUUGAUCCCAUCAACUUCUAGUGCAGUGCCGCUAAUAGGAAAAUACAUGUUGUUCACCAUGAUGUUCGUCAUUGCUUCCAUCGUCAUCACAGUCAUUGUAAUCAAUGCUCAUUUCCGUACCCCCAGUACUCAUAUCAUGCCUCAGUGGGUGAGGAAGGUUUUCAUUGAAACCAUUCCAAACAUGAUGUUCUUUUCUACAAUGAAACGGCCUUCACAAGAUAAAAAAGGAAAGAAGAUUUUCACUGAAGACAUUGAUAUUUCAGAUAUUUCAGGAAAACUGAGCCCUGCCACAGAUACCUAUCAGUCUCCCGUCUUAAAGAACCCUGAUGUGAAGAACGCUAUAGAAGGAGUUAAAUAUAUUGCUGAGUCCAUGAAUUCAGACCAAGAAUCCAAUAAGGCUUCAGAAGACUGGAUAUUCUCGGCUAUGGUGAUUGAUCACAUUCUCCUAGCAGUUUUUAUGUUUGUCUGUAUCAUUGGGACCGUGGCUGUGUUUGCUGGGCGACUAAUUGAGCUACAUAUGGAGGGCUGAGCUGCUGUGAGUUUAUAUUCUUUGAAGCCAUGAAGCGGUGUCAUCAUCAAGUGAU